AUGAAUUAUUAUCCUUCAGUUCAAGAUGAAGAUGAUUAUGAAAUUGAAGAGGUUGUUGCAAGUGGACAGAUUAGAUUACAUAGUGAAGUUGAAGAAGAUGAAAGAGUUAUUGGAAAUAGAAUUAGGUUGCAACCUGAUGUUGAAAGUGAAGUUGUUGAAAGAGAAAUUAAAAGACCACGAAUUGAAAGAGAAAUAUUAUUUAAGAGUAUUGUAUUAGAAAAGAAUAGUAGUAUCGAUUUAAUUUUUAAUGAUAUUAAUAUUAAGAUUAACAGAAAAU